AUGGACAGACUCUUCUUUGCCUACUGCCUUCUCUUUCUCAUUCUCUUUCUUUCCAAUCUCUGGAUUACAGAAACAUCUGCACCUGUGGCGCGUCUAGAAGUGGCUAUUCACCAGUUUGAAAACAAUCUGAACUACCGUUUUAGAAGUGAUUGUUGUUUGAGGCCUUCAGAAGGAUGCGAUUCUCAAUGCGACCUCAGAUUUCGCCUUUGCUUCCGUAAAUUUGAUGCCGAUGAAGUGGAAGAAGAGGAGGACAAAGUUGAAACGAUCUGUGAAAUUGGAUUUAUGAACCUCAGUAAGAAUGAUAUAGAAAAGAAGAGUAUGAAAGAGAGCUACCUGCGAAAGUCAAUUAACAUAUUGGGUCAAUGGCCGGUGAGCUUUUAA